AUGUGGACGCUGUUACUUUUUGGGGGGUCGUAUUUCACUGCCCGCCCUUUCUCCCUCUGCCCUUUUGGAUUUUCCAGACCUACGUUCCUGGUGGCAGUUCCCUGGAACAUCAGGCCUGGAGCAAACGUGACGGUUGGGGUGGCUCUGCUGCCGGACAGCCCAGCGCAGGUCAUCGUAAGGGGAGAGGUGAUCAGAGAUAACGAGACCAUCUUGAGCAGGGAAAUGGUCUUUGAGAAAGAUUCCUUUGGGACUCUUGUUCUUCCAGUAUUGCCUUUGAACAGUGCUUCUGGGAAUUAUGAAUUACUGGUGGAAGGCCAUGCUGAUGGCCGGCGCAUCUUCUCUAACCGUACCAGCUUGAUGUACAUGUCAAAGAGCAUCUCCGUAUUCAUCCAGACUGAUAAAUCUAUGUAUAAACCAGGACAAGACGUGAUGUUUCGGAUUGUCACCUUCUAUCCUGAUCUCAAACCUUACAAAGCGUCUCUGAAUAUAUAUAUCCGAGACCCUCGGAAGAAAUUGAUUCAGCAGUGGUUGAUGGAAGAGGGUGAUUUGGGUGUAGUUUCCAAAAAAUUUCAGUUAUCAAUGAACCCUCCACUAGGAGACUGGUCCAUAGAGGUGGAAGUGAACGGUCAAGUUCAUUAUCAAAGAUUUAAAGUGAUGGAAUACGUUUUACCAAAAUUUGAUGUUAUGAUAACAACACCAUUAUACUACUCUUUGAAAGAGGAAGACGUAACUGGUGUUGUCACUGCAAAGUACACGUAUGGAAAGCCAGUAAAGGGAACUGUAACAGUCACUUGCCUUUCUGUCUCUUACUGGACAAAUAAGAGAAAUAUAACAACAACAAUGGAGAUAAAUGGAUCUGUGAAUGUAACCUGUAACAAGCUUAUGUUGCAAAGCUUGAACGCUGAUCAGUCGUGGCACCAAGGAGACAGUGAUUACACAGAGCCAAUAGAAAUUAUUGCAGUGGUCACUGAGUCGCUCACAGGAAUCUCCCAAAAUUCAAGUACCAUCAUAUUUCCAAAGCAAAGUGACUAUUUUAUUGAAUUUAUGGACUACACUAGAGUUAUAAAACCGUCUCUGAACUUCAUAGCUACUCUAAAGGUGACACGUUCUGAUAGUAACCAGCUGACAGCUGAAGAGAGGCAGAAUCUUGUCACAAUCACUGCACAACAGUCAGACCUGCUUUUUCACCACUCUUCACUUUCUCACCUUGAGAAUGAGGCAACAGAGGAGAGAAAUCUGACAGUCCAUGUCCUGAAUUACACGGUCCCAGAAAAUGGAAUAAUUGAUAUUGAGUUUCCAAUCCUGUCUGAUACAAAAACUCUGAGAGUUCAGGCAGAGUUCCUCAGCAGUAGGACCGACAUAGGUGUUUAUGAUGUGUUCAGCUCCCCCAGCCAGACCUAUCUCCAGGUUAAAACAAAGAGCCAGGAUAUAAAGGCUGGGAAGCCUUUUGAGCUGAGCAUUGCAAGCAACAAGCCAGUGAGAGAGUUCCACUAUCUGGUGUUAUCUAAGGAACAAAUUAUGGCUUUUGGCACAAAGACUGCAAAAACAUUCACUUUAACAGCAGAAAAUUCCUGGGCUCCUUUGGCAUGUAUACUUGUAUUCUACGUUGAUGAGCUUGGAGUGGUUGUAAAUGAUGCUCUCACUGUCCCCAUUCAGCCUGUUUUGGAUGACAAGAUUAAAAUCUCUUGGAGCAAAGAUAAGGUCAAGCCAUCUGAGAAAGUCUCCCUUAAAAUCAGUACAACAGAACCAGGAUCAGUAAUUGGACUUGCAGUUGUUGAUAAAAGUACAAAGCUUCUAGGAGAAAGCAGUGACAUAACAGAAGAUUCUGUCUUCCAUGAGCUCAAUUUAUACAGCACAGUGCAGUAUUUCCCCUUGGUCAGAGGUUCUUUUGGUGUCUUUCAGAAAUGCAGCCUUUGGGUAUCAACUGAUGCAAUUCUUGAGGAAGAUAAGGAACAUUUUCUUUAUGGUGGAAUGAUACCCAUAGAAGAUGGUUUCGGUGAUGAUAUGCCAGUAUCUAAAAAUGGACCUCCUGAUUUCAUCAAUCUCUAUGUGAGGACACAUUUUCCAGAGACUUGGCUUUGGAUCGACACUAAAACUAGAUCUGACACAGACACCACAAUGGAAGUCAUUGUACCUGAUACCAUCACAUCCUGGGUAGCCAGUGCUUUUGUGAUGUCUGAAAACAGCGGGCUUGGAGUGACGACUGCUCCAGUGGAGCUAGAAGCUUUUCAACCUUUCUUCAUUUUCCUGAACCUUCCAUACUCUGUCAUCAGAGGAGAGCAGUUCAUUUUGGAAGUGAACAUCUUUAAUUAUUUGAAAGAAGAAGCUGAGGUUACUGUGAUCCUGGAUAUGAAUGAUGCUUUUGAAAUUAUUCUAACAUCCAAUGAAAUAAAUGCUACGGAAAAUCAACAGUCUAUAUCUGUACUAAGUGAGGAUGGGAAAACUGUUCAAUUCCCAAUCAAGCCAAAACAGCUGGGAGAGAUUCCCAUCAAAGUGACAGCAAUAUCAUCUGCUGCUUCUGAUGCUAUCAUACAGAAAGUUUUAGUAAAGGCUGAAGGACUGGAACAGACAUAUUCUCAGACAAUUCUUUUGGAUUUGACUUCAGAUUUGAAUAAACCACAAUCAGUGUCAAAAACUUUGGAUUUUACUUUUCCUUCUGAUGUUGUAAGUGGCAGUGAGAGAGUGCAGGUCACUGUUGUUGGUGAUUUACUUGGGCCUUCUAUCAACGGUUUGUCGUCAUUGAUUAAGAUGCCUUAUGGCUGCGGUGAACAGAAUAUGAUCAAUUUUGCUCCAAAUGUUUAUGUUUUGCAAUACCUGACUAAAACCAGGCAACUGAGAGAGGAUAUUAAAUCAAAAGCUGUAUCGUUUAUGAGAAAAGGCUACCAGAGAGAGCUGCUUUUCCAAAGGGAUGAUGGCUCUUUUAGUGCCUUUGGAAAUGAAGAUCCCUCUGGGAGCACAUGGUUAUCAGCUUUUGUAUUAAGAUGUUUCCUUCAAGCUCGUCCAUUCAUAGAUAUUGACCAAGAUGUACUCAUGGAUACAGCUAAAUGGAUUGUCCGGCAUCAGAAAUUAAAUGGAGAAUUUCAUGAGCCUGGGAAAGUGUUACACAGUGAUCUUCAAGGAGGCACCAAUAAUCCAGUCACUCUCACAGCUUACAUCAUGUCAUCCCUCCUAGGGUUCCCAGAUAAACAGCAUGCUUAUGUCAUCAAGAGUGCUACAAACUUUCUAGAAGAUAAAUUAGAAGAAGGCAUUUCGGAUAAUUACACUUUGGCACUUGUGACGUAUGCAUUGUCCUGGGCAAAAAGUACAAAAGCAAAGGAAGCACUGAAUAUAUUGAACCAGAGGGCAGAACGCCAAGGAGAAUUUCGUUUCUGGAUAACACCUGCUUCUGAAAUUUCUGAUUCAUGGCAGCCACGGUCUAUUGAUAUUGAACUUGCAGCAUAUGCUCUGCUCUCACACUUUCAUCAAGACAGAUUAGCAGAGGGGAUCCCUAUUAUGAAAUGGUUAAGUCAGCAAAGAAAUCACCUUGGGGGAUUUUCAUCUACUCAGGACACGGUGGUGGCUUUGCAAGCCUUGAGUCUAUUUGCAACUGUCACUACUGCAAGCAAAACAGAAAUGGAUGUAACAGUGAUAGCACCUUCUUUGAAAACUCCAGAAACAUUUUCAAUUGAUAGUCGAAAUCGUUUUCUGCUUCAGACUAAGGAGAUUCCUCCUGCACAACCAAUGAUAAUUACAGUGACAGUGGAGGGAACAGGAUUUGCUGUCUUUCAGCUCAAUGUUAUUUACAACACAAAACACCCUGAUCAGAGACUCAAAUCUGUCCGAAAACAAGAAGCCUUUGACUUGAAUGUUGAUGUAAAGGAUGACAAAGAUGAUAAAAACCAUUUGACCUUGAAUGUGUGCACAAGGUACUUGGGUUCUGGCACAGCUCCCAGUAGUGGUAUGGUCCUCAUGGAGGUUGGCUUACUCAGCGGUUUCUCUGUGUCACCAGAUUUCAUUCCAUUAGACAAGACAGUUAAGAAGAUGGAAAAGGACGAUGGAAAAGUCAACCUAUACUUAGACUCUCUAAAUGAAACACAGGUUUGUGUGGAUAUUCCGGCUGUGAGAGACUUCAAAGUGGCAAAUAUCCAAGAUGCUUCAGUGACUAUAGUGGAUUACUAUGAACCUAGGAGAAGAGCAGUGAGAAGCUACAAUUCAGAAGUAAUGCAAAGUAUAACCCCUUGUGACUUCUGUGAAAGUGAUUGCAGUCUUUGCCAACGAGAUGGUUCUCCAGCCUUGCUUCAGCACUCUUUGUUGGCCUCCUUGCUCUGUGUGCUAUUUGUCCUUCAUGUAAACAUGCUGUGCAGUUGGGUGCUGUAA